AUGAAGGACCCUUACAUUUACCAUUUGGACGCAGUCACCCUCCCCGACUUCCACGACCUCGCCCGCCUCCUUCCAUUCGCCUGCUCCACCCUCCUUUUUCUCUACAUCUACCUCGCACCCGCCUUUGAUUGGCCAAGCGUGCAUGACUUGGGCGUCAUGCUUGUUGACUUCUCGUUUGCGACAAAGAGGGAUAAGUUGAAGGGGGUGUUUGGGGGGGAUGUGGUGGGGAUGAUGAGGGCGAGGACGUUGUCCAGGAGUGUGGUUGAUAUUGAACGGGAGGCGACGGUGGGGGGGCUUGUUAAUACUGGGAACAGUUGUUUUCUCAAUUCUGUAUUGCAAGCUUUCGCAUCCCUCGAGUCCAUCACCCCAUACCUCACCUCCAUCUCGUCGGCCUCCCCUCGACCAACACCAGUGUCAAUAGCCCUCAACCACACCCUCGCGCAACUAAACACCUCGGGGUCACAUACACCCCGCGACGUGGUUUACGCGCUAUCGAGUAACCGACGAGUAGUGAACAACGAACAACAAGACGCUCAAGAAUUCUUCCAAAUCAUCACGGGCGCACUCGACGACGAAGCCGCAAAGGUCUCGAAACGCCGACACCUAGGCCCUGGAAUGUCUUUCAGGCCCAACCGGCUCUAUCCUACACCGGCUCAUGGAAUUCCAGGAGAGAAGGAGAAAAGCAUGAAGAGCCCCUUCGAAGGCCUAAUGGCGAAUCGCGUGGGAUGUUUGUCAUGUGGCUACGUCGAAGCCAUCCGUCACGAGAACUUCACGAAUUUAUCCGUGCCAUUACCGAAUGAGCGGAGUUGUACGUUGGAACAGUGUUUGGAGAGUUAUACCACGCUUGAACGAAUUAAUGGAGUUCCGUGUCGGAUGUGUUCGAUUAUCGCCACUCAAAAGCAGCUCGCGAAACUCAUCUCGACGUCUCUCAACCCCCUACCAGCACUGGUCGAGCGGGAAGAAUUAUUGCGGACAGCGGUGGAUGAAUGGAAUCCGGAGCAUGAAGCUCUCAAAGGAGUGAAGCUGCCGGUACAAAUCGAGAGCACGAAAACGAAGAUCGCGGCAAUUGCGAGGGGGCCGCAGGCUUUGGUCCUACAUAUUAACCGCAGCGCACUCAACCUCACCACGGGGGUGGUACAUAAGAACGCUGCAGCCGUCUCUUAUGCACCCGUCCUUGACCUCUCGAAAUACAUGUCGACACAUGCUGCGCUUUCAACAGAUCCACGGACACCUCUGGUCUGUGCGGAAGUGGAAGGAGGGGGGAAUCAGGAUCGGUAUGAGUUGAAGAGCGUUGUGAUACAUUACGGGUCCCAUUCGUUUGGACAUUAUGUCGCGUAUCGCAAAACCGCGAACGGCUGGUUUAGGAUCUCGGAUAGGGAUAUUUGGGCGUGUACGGAACGCGACGUACUUGGCGAAAUGUCGAACGUAUUUAUGUUGAUGUACGAGAAGAUGGAGGCGGGGGAGGAAGUGGUAAAAUCAAGUCCUGGGAGGCACGGUAUGAUCCUCAGAGAGACGAUUAGGGGGAUGGGACGGCAUGAGAGUCUUGAGGAUGUUUUUGAGGAUGAGGAGGGGGAGGAGGUGGUGUGGGAUGAUGAGGUUGGGAGAGCGAGUGCUCGUUUUGCGAGGACUGGGGGAAUCGGGACAGCAGGGGAAGGGAGCGCAGGAAGUGCUGAUAGCACGUACAGUUCGGGUGUCAGUGAUGAUUGGAGAGGAAAAGAGGCACCAGAACUGUAUGAUGAAGUUCCGCCUGCGGUGUUGGUGUCGAAGGCAGUGGAGCAUGUUAAGGAGGAUCACGCAAAAGGUUCAAUGGAGGAAAUCCACGUGAGGGAGAUCUCGGUUUGAGCAUAGGGACGUCGACGUCCACAUGUAUGGGUAGUGGCGGUGUCUUUGUUUUAUGGGGUUCGGCGGACAGGUAUAGGCGUUCAUGACAUUUUACGAUCUUACAGCAGUAAUCUUCGCCUCCAGGGGUUCAGGGGCAGGGGGGUGUCCAGGUCAGUCAGUCGGCUUACGGAUCAAUCCAAUCCAAUCUCUGUCUUCUUGACGCUGAGGCGUUGUUCGAGGCAUUGCGCAGUGUCCAGCUGCAGUACGGCCGAAGUCCUCCGUUAAUCUUGCCGGUACCAGUUGGACGCCUUUUCGACCGGGGCGCAUGUCGGCUUCACACUUCACUUGCAGGGCGGUGCUGGAUGAAACAACCCCGAACGCUUUCGCCCCCAAAAUCCUGUAGACUGUCCGG